AUCAAAAUGCAGCAUUUUCAUAAUUUUAGGAAUUAAUUUGAGGUUAUUUCUGUAGUGUUUAUUUUUCAAUUCCAAAUGUGCGGAUUGCCUUGCAAAAAGAGCUCAAGCACGUGGAAAUCUUAACGAGAACCUGCUGAUAAAUGUGGUUCUCUCUUGAAUUAUGUUGCAAUCGACCUAAUAUAAUUUAAUAGAUGGUGUUUCAGAAAAAAAAAAGAAAAGAAAUUCCAUCUACUUGUAAAAAAAAAAAAAAAUUCCAUCUACUAUAACCAAACCUUUGGUGUUUAUAUAUAAAACUCCUGUACCCAAGAAAUCUAAAUCCGACCCAGAAGAUCGAAUGGCUAAGCUUUUGGCCUAUCGUUUCUAACCGCUAAACGCAAGAGAGAGCGUCUCGCGUUCUACUAAAUUGUAGUUUUACCCUCAGUGUUACAGGUAUUUACAAACUAUACCAAAAAUAAGAUCUACUUCUAGUGAAGAGAGAAAUUAACUCGCCGGCCGUUCUCCGUCGUGCAUCUGUCGCCGCUCUCCACUCGUAUUAGUGAAAAUAAAAACAAUGGCUGGAGAGGGUGAAGAAGAUGUGCCCAGAGACGCCAAGAUUGUCAAGUCUCUGCUUAAGUCGAUGGGCGUGGAGGACUACGAGCCUCGCGUGGUCCACCAGUUUCUUGAACUAUGGUACCGUUAUGUGGUCGAAGUGUUGACAGAUGCUCAGGUUUACUCGGAGCAUGCUAGCAAAUCCACCAUUGACUGUGACGAUGUGAAGCUAGCUAUUCAAUCCAAAGUUAGUUUCAGCUUCUCGCAGCCUCCUCCAAGAGAGGUACUGCUAGAGCUAGCUGCGAGCAGGAACAAGAUUCCUUUGCCGAAAUCGAUAGCAGGACCAGGCAUUCCGCUCCCGCCUGAACAGGACACGUUGCUUAGUCCAAACUACCAGCUCGUCAUUCCGAAGAAGUCAGCUUCAACAGAACCUGAAGAAACAGAGGACGACGAAGAAAUGGCGGAUCCUGCACAAUCAUCAUCUCAGGAACAGCAAACGUCAGAGCUUCCGAGCCAAACUCCUCAAAGGGUGUCUUUCCCUCUCUCUAGGCGACCUAAAUAAGUUAAAGAGAGAGAGAGAGAGAGAGAGAGAGAGAGAGAGAACACUGAAAAAAACUGUUACGUAUCAAGAUUGUAGAGAAUGUUAACGAGUCAUUUAUCUCAAGUUGUGGAGCCUUCAACACUUAUAUAAGCAUCUUCUACAAUUUUUUAAAAUCUUAA